AUGCAAUAUAGUCAUCAACAACAACUACCAUCGUCACACGCUCAUUUUACUCCUAUUCAAACGACAUCAUCAAUGCAAUAUGCAACUAUCUAUCCGACGACGCCAUCUCCUAUUUCGCUUUUAUCAACACAAAAUAAAAAACAACAAAUUCAUUCAUCAUCUCAAUUAGCACCUAUACAAACAACAAGUUCAUCAUAUAUGUCACCGAUUGCUUCACCAACAGCCUAUAUGUCUCGCGGUUCAACGCCACCGUCAUCCGAUCUCAAAGAUAUGGAUACAGUAAAAUUAUUUGUUGGACAAAUACCACGACAUUUAGAAGAAAAUGAUCUCAGACCCAUAUUUGAAGAGUAUGGACAAAUCUAUGAAUUAACUGUACUUAAAGAUAGAUUUACUGGCAUGCAUCGAGGAUGUGCAUUUCUCACUUAUUGUCAUCGUGAAUCUGCAGUUAAAGCUCAGCAAUCAUUACACGAACGACGAACAUUGCCAGGCAUGAGUCGUCCUAUUCAAGUCAAGCCAGCUGAUAGCGAAUCACGAACAGCACCUGUAUAUCUGACUUUAGCAUCAGCAUUAGCAACAACAAAUAUGAAUGUGAGUUAG